CUCUCUCUCUCAUCUCUAUCUCUCUCCCGGCCAAAAAAGAAAACGGAAGAAUAGCGAAGAAGAAGAAGAAUCAAAGCAUGAGUGGGCAAGAGAAUCACGACGCCAGCCGGAUUUCUACUCCCUCCGCAUCGGAGCCCAAAGCUCCUCAAUCCUCUGACUAUCACUCCUUACCCUAAGCUCGAUCCCAACGACGUCAAUCCUCCUCCUUCUCCCAUCUCCGGCAACGCUGCUACCACCAUGCCGUCAGAGUUCAAUCCUUACGUCUUUCCUUCCACUGUCCCCAAGAAUACAAUGGACUCUGUGAAGGACACGCUUGGAAAAUGGGGGAAGAUGGCUGCAGACACCACCAAGAAGGCUCAAGAUCUCUCCGGAAACGUUUGGCAGUACUGUCAAAGAAAAGUGUGGAAGAGUGGAGCUUUAGGAGUGGAAGAAUCACGGACUGCUACUGAAGCUUGUUCUCAUGAGAAUCAUGGUCUGCUUUGUUUUUCAUUUACAAACAAGUAAACAUAUUUCAGAAUUGUGUUUUCAAAAUGUUGAAUACAAAAAAAACCCAAAAAUAAGAAACUUGCAAUGGAGGA